AUGGGCAAAGUCUUAGUAAUAACACUUAUUCUUGGCCUGGCCGUAACCAGUGCCCUUGAUUUUGGCCCGGAAAUAAAUCCAGGCAUCGAACUAGAUGCACAGGACUACCAGCGUCUGAACAAAGUUCGUCAUUUGUCGGAGCAGUUUUUUGGUCAUUACAAAAAUGUAACCCUGGACGACCUGGUGCCCGAAGGAAGACUUCCCACAGUCUCAGAUCUUCAGUGCUAUGCGGACUUUGCUCAGCUCACCGCCGGAUUGACCAGUGGCAGCCUUUGGGCCUAUAGAAUGAUUGACACCUGGGGAUCCAUACCGGCUGGCAUCUUGGAGGGACAUCUCAAGGAUCUGGGUCACUAUGACGAGUGCAUUGGCAUCGAACAGUCCGCGGCAUCGGGCUCGACUAUCCUAGGAAAGUACUGCCUGGCCAGUCUGCCGCUGCAGCAAAUGCUGGGAAACGUUGGCCGGAUGAUGAAUGUCCAGACGGCGGUUUGUUUUCCAGCUUCCUGCUCGGCCACCAAUAUGGACACACUUCUGCGACGAGUCCUGAAGCAAUUGGUUGGCUUGGAACUCAAUGCCAACCAGAAUUUGGUCAGUAAAAACUCCUGCAAGACUUCCGAGCGUGAUGCCUACGAUGGAGGUGCCAUUGCCGCAAUCGUUAUUUUAUCCGUGUUCGGAGCCGCAGUGAUUAUUUCCACAUUUUACGACUACUUCCUGUGUGAGGAUCAAAAAAAACUGCCUGCUGUUCUGAAAGUUUUCUCUGCACGUGCUAACUCACGAUCGCUAUUCCGCAUCACCACCAAACCCAACCCCAAUGUGAUUGAGUGCCUCCAUGGAUUGCGAGGAAUGUCCUUGAUCUGGGUGUGCUUCGGUCACGACUAUAUCAUUGCCAUCACAUCGCCGAACAUCAACCUUUACGACGUGUAUACUUGGGCCAAGACACCGUUUAAAGAAGUAAUUCAGGAUGGCGUUUUUGCAGUGGACUCAUUUUUCUUCAUAAGCGGACUCCUGGUUCCGAUGGUGGCCUUGCGUUCGAUGGAAAAGUAACAUAAUAUUCCACUGAUGUACCUCCAUCGCUAUCUUCGCCUAACGCCCAUCGUGGCAGUAUCGAUAUUGCUCUACUGGAAGUUACUGCCCCAUUUGGGCGACGGUCCGCUGUACGGCAACUGGAACUUUGAUAGCUCCGAUAGGUGCGAAGGUAACUGGUAUUGGACCCUGCUCUACAUUCAGAACUACGCCACCGAUUCCGAGUGUCUGGCUCAAACAUGGUACCUAGCCAUCGAUAUGCAACUGUAUAUCAUUUCACCCAUCCUCCUGAUUAUUGUGUACAAGUGGGGCAAGAAAGGAGCAGCAGUCGUUCUGCUGCUUUUGUUGGGUCUCGCUGCCUACUUAUUCAGCAUUAUAGUGAUUAACAAUUACUCUUUCGGCGGUGGUGGUGGCGGACCAGAUGAUUACUCUGAAGACCUCGAUCACUAUACCCACAACCGGGCUUCCUGCUGGCUAGUUGGUUUCCUGUUCGGUUACUUCCUGCAUACGAUCCGUGGAAAGACGAUCAAUCUGAGUCGACCUGCUGUCUGGGUUGGCUGGAUCACCUGUUUGGCCCUUCUAUUCACCUGCAUUUUUGCGAUGUAUCCUUAUGGAUUGGGCAAGACCAAAACCCUUCCCUCCGUUAAUGAGGCCUUCUACGUAUCGCUCUCCCGGAUCGCCUGGCCCUUGGGUCUGAGUUGGGUGGUCUUUGCCUGCAUGCAAGGAUAUGGUGGAUUGGCCAACUCCUUCCUCACAUCACCAUUGUGGCAGCCCCUGUCCAAGCUCUCGUUCUGCGUCUACAUGGGCCAUCUGUUCAUCCAGAACCUUAAUGGUGGGCGCACGAGGGUGAACACCUACUUCUCAAACUACGACAUUAUGCUGCGUUUUUGGCAAGACUUUGGGUUCUCGGUCCUCCUCGCUUAUGUCAUGUACAUUUUGAUCGAAGCUCCUUGCGGCGGACUGGAGACUCUGAUCCUGCCGAACCGAAGACCAGCUCCCCAGGCUAAGGUGCAGGCUGCUGAGCCAUCUAAAGAGGAUAUCCCAUUACCUGUUGACCUCGAAAAGCAAGCUCCAGAAUCCAGUGCUGCCAUCGAUCCUGCAAAUGACAGCACAUUGGCAACAGCUCCUCCACUAGAAAGCAAAACUCAACUGCAGACUAGCGAAGGAAACGAAACUUCUUAGGCAAAUUGAACGAACAAAAUUAAUAUAGAAUAUUAUUUAUACUUAUAUGUAGUAUUAAAAAUAAAACAUUGAAA